UUUUUUAGCAGAGUGCGCAGUUGCACAAACUCUCCUUCCCUCUCUUCGACUGAUAAGUUUCUUGUCCCGGAGAGUUACAAUCAGGCUCAAAAACCUUUUUGAUAACGCUUUGUUUUUUACUUACUUUCUUUUUUUUAAACUCCGUGCGCGAUACCAGUGGAUGUUUUUAAUCAGUAUGCGACAGUCCUCGUGAAGAAAAUCAACCUCGUACGUUUCUCUGCAAAAACAGUCAUGUUCAAAACUGUGGCCAAGAUGAGCGCGGACGAUGUUUCGUCCAGAUGUAUUGAGUUUAUCAAGGAUCAACUCUAUUUUGCCAUACUAAAGCAAAAAAUCAAGAACACAGCUGAACGCCACUGUUUCUGCAUAGAUGAAGAGCUGUCAUAUGAGAACUUCUAUGCGGACUUUGGUCCCCUAAAUCUGGCCAUGUUUUAUCGCUUCUGUUGCAAGCUGACAAAGAAGCUCACGUCCAUUACGCUCUCAAGAAAGAAGAUCAUAUUUUACACCUGUGGAGAUCAGAAGAAACAAGCCAACGCCGCCUACCUAAUCGGCUCAUAUGCAGUAAUGCAUCUAAACAUGAUGCCAGAGGAUGCCUACAGUCUGCUCGUGUCAAGGAAUUCAACAUAUAUUCCAUUCAGAGAUGCUUCGUUUGGAACCUGCAUGUACAACCUGCACAUCCUAGAUUGUCUUCGUGGUGUUCACAAGGCUCUGCAGUAUGGCUGGCUCGACUUCUCCAACUUUGACUUGGAAGAAUAUGAGCACUAUGAGAGGGCAGAAAAUGGAGACUUAAACUGGAUCAUUCCAGGAAAGUUCCUUGCUUUCAGUGGGCCUCAUCCAAAAAGCAAAAUAGAGAAUGGGUACCCUUUGCACGCUCCUGAGGCCUACAUCCCAUACUUCAGGAAUCAUAACAUCACCACGAUCAUCAGACUCAACAAGAAGAUGUAUGACGCCAGGCGUUUUACAGAAUCUGGCUUUGAGCACCACGAUCUGUUCUUUGUGGACGGGAGUACACCAAACGACGCCAUCGUCAGGAAGUUCCUCAACAUCUGUGAGAACGCAGAAGGAGCCAUCGCUGUCCACUGCAAGGCGGGUCUGGGGAGGACUGGCACUCUAAUCGGCUGUUACAUGAUGAAACAUUACUGCCUGAGUGCCGCAGAGGCCAUUGCCUGGAUACGGAUCUGCCGACCGGGGUCCAUCAUUGGGCCUCAGCAGAACUUUGUUGAAGAUAAGCAGAACAGUCUGUGGGCAGAGGGAGAUGUUUUCCGGGAGAAGAUGUUAAAUGAACAAGAGAAUGGCAAGAUCGCUGUAACCAGGAUCCUGACUGGUGUGGAUGACAUAACCAUCAACGGGAGCAACAAGAACAGGGCCUCCAAGAAAGAAGAUAUGGACCUGUAUAAUGAUGACGAGGAGAGAAAUGGCCUUACACAGGGUGAUAAACUGCGAGCUCUGAAGAGCAAGAGGCAGGCCAGAUCAUCCUCAGGUUCCCUUUCACAAGAAGAGAAUAAGAUUCACACCAGGUCUUCAUCACAGUCCCUAAGCAGGGUCAUAUUGCAGGCCAGCGGUCAGGGCUGUACAGCCAGCGUCAACCCCUUGGCUCUGUCUGACCAAUCAGACAGCAGGAAGAGGACCAGAACCUCACUGCCAGCAAACGGACUGGGAGGAAGCUCCCUGUGCCACACCAGACUGGUCAAGUCCCUAGGCAACUUACAUGUAGUGGCUGGCGACAGGGAGCCAAUGUGUUGGGAGCCAUGUGGCAGCCAUAGAGACACAGCCAGUGCCACAGCUAACACAGGCGCUCUCAUCAACUUAAACAUGGCUCAGGUCCACCUGCAGUCACUCCAUUCCCAAAGCUAGAGCUCCUCUACUCCGGUGAGCCCGAGGAUCUUCACGUGAAAUCCAACUUCUAUACAGCUGUACUCCUCUUUCAAUAGAUUCAAGUUCUGAGAAAGGUUGGAACAAACUUUAACCAACUUGAUGUGACAUGUAAAUCAUUUAUACAUUAGAUUGUUUGAUUACAAGUUAUUUACCCGUAUAGCACUUUUAAAUUUUUGUAUUUUAACAAAGCAUCGGACAUACUGAUAGUUUUAAUCAUUGCCUGGUUGUUCCUACUUAUUGAAGCAUGCAGUAGCAAACAGACAUGUGAAUCCAAGAGAGCCUCCAGAAGAACUGUGCAGCAGAUAAUGUGCUUUAUAAGAGAAGAUUCAGAGUCAAUGUUUGGCAUAAACCAUAUUCUUGGCAUGGCACAAUGUAGUUGUAACAUCAAGUCCAUCACAAGAUACAGUAUUGUACUCAUUUGUACCUCCAGUCCCAAUAUCUGGCUUGCCAUCUUACUUGUGAAGCUUUUCAGCUACGUAGUUCAAGACUGUAAAUAUGUCAACAUUUGAUAUACUCUGUUUGUAUUUUUUUUAAAUAUUUUGUACCAUGUUUGAAUCAUGCUAUGAUAUAAGCCAAUGGUCCUAAAGGGGCCUUGUCACUAACUCAUGUUCAUAAUCCACUGAACACAUUGCUUGAAGCACACUUUAAAAUAAAAAUAUAUCCCAA